CGAAUUCAUUUGAAACCGAGCGCUCUUGCAACCAUUCAAAGGAUUUGAAAGUGAAAAGGAAUGCUGAAAAGGGUAGCAGCGAGCUGUUACGAACAAGAACACAAAGCGUGCCACCCGAACACGAGUGGCACGGUCCCUUCGUCUUUCCUCGUCGUCCCCUCGCCCACAAUAAACUGGUAUGAGACUCUUUUGCGUCCCUGUCUGAAACGGCACAAUCAGCUGUUGAUGUUUACGUUUCAUAUUCCUUAAUUAUAAUAAACGUGCGUGAGUAGUGUGUUUUUGGUUUGGUGCUUCGUUAUCAUUUCAUUUAUUUAUUGACAAAUUAAAAUAUACAAAAGCGGCGUCGACUAAUAAUUAAAAUAAGAGUUUAGACAAAUUACAACAAUUUUCAAGUUUUCCAAAUUAGUGAAAUGCUUUUAUUAUUAAAUCGCAUAACAAAACCGACAAGUGCAUUGCUAUGGCAAAAUAUAAAGAUAAACGUGAAACCAUUUGCACCCGUUUUUAUGAAGUUCUAUAACACAACGUCAGAGGAAGCAAUGGCUGUUAGCGAUAAAACCAAAGUUACUAGUGAACGAAUUAAAAUCGGUGAUGUAAUCAAAGAUUUAAAACCACCAACGAAUCCAGAGCUAGUGCCACAAAAAUAUGUGCAAUACAACGAGGAUGGCACACUACAGCUAACACAAUCAGCGUUACAUCAUUUGCGUUGGAUGCUGCAGAAGGAUAUCUUAAAACAGGAUAUGUUUCUUAUUGGUCAGCCUGGUUCACUACGGCGGCAACUGGCCAUGCAAUAUCUAGAAUUAACGCAACGCGAAUUGGAGUAUAUAGCCUUAAGCAGAGACACCACCGAGAGCGAUCUGAAGCAGCGAAGAGAAAUUAAAGAUAAAGCUGCUAUUUAUUAUGAUCAGUGUGCUGUGCGUGCUGCGGUGAACGGCCGUGUUUUAGUGCUUGAUGGUGUGGAGCAUGCCGAGCGCAAUGUGUUGCCCAUAUUAAAUAAUUUGCUGGAAAAUCGUGAAAUGCAUUUAGAAAAUGGCAAAUUUCUAAUGGCACCCGAACGAUACGAUAAAUUGUUGGAGACUUACACAAAGGAGGAAUUGGACAAGUUAGGCGUGCUAAGAGUUUCUGAAGAUUUUCGUGUGGUUGCGCUUGGGCUGCCUACGCACAAGUAUAAAGGCACACCGUUGGAUCCACCUUUGCGUUCUCGUUUUCAAUCGCGUAAUGUGUCGCAUCUUGCAUUCGAAGAAAUGCUAAUCGAUCUACAGCAUGUUGCCCCAAAUGUAACUGUGGACCAGCUGAAGAGUUUAAUUAGUUUUGGUAUGGCAAUUCAAGCUGCUGAUCAGGCCGAUAAUCUGCCAGAUUUUGCACUAGACAAUCUUCAUUUGGUGGCUAAAAUGAUGCAACAAAAUCCGCACAUCAGCGUACAUGAUGCCAUUACACGCAUCUAUCCAUACCAAACAUGCAUGAAGAAAGAGCACAUUGAACGCGUAAAAACGUUAUUAAAUUCUUUAAAAAUCAAUCCAUUAGAAAGCAAACCUGUGAAAAGUAUUGCUGUAGCCAAACCGAACGAGCAGACGCCAGAUGUUUUGGAAUUCAAAAUCGACGAUGUCUCCAUCUCAGCAGCUGGCAGUCAUCGCGUAGUUGCACCGCAAAAGCUGCAAGAAUUCGUAGAUCUUGACCACCAACGCAAUGUCUUAGCAGCAAUGAUACAAACGAUUGCCGUGGGCGAUGUUUGUUUGAUUGGUCAAAAGGGUGUCGGAAAGAUGACGCUCACAAAUCAUUUGGUACACUUACUGAAUCAGUCGGUGGAGACAUUGAUACUCUAUGAGGAUAUGACAUCACGUGAUUUAAUACAACAACGCAUUACUUCGCCGGAGGGUGAUACAGUAUGGCGCGACUCGCCGCUAGUACGUGCUGCAAAAUAUGGCUCCAUCGCCGUGCUGAAUGGCGUGCAUCGUUUGCAUAAGAGUACGGUUACUUCGCUGCAACGUUUAAUACAAGAUCGUGAAUUGCAACUCUGUGACGGCACAAUAAUGCUACAUGCGGAUCGUUACAACGCACUCAUACAGCAGGGACACACUAAACUAGAAUUGGCCGAAAAGAAUAUAAUGAAAAUACACGAUUCAUUUCGCAUAAUUGCGCUGGGUGAGCCGCCCAAUCCUAGUCAACCGACACCAAACUGGCUUACAUCAGAAAUGCUAAGCCUAUUUCUCUUCCUUGAAGUUCGACCACUACGACAGAGUGAAGAGUAUGAAAUUAUACGCAAACUUUACGGAGAUGUUCAUGAGGAUAUACAUAAAAUCAUUAAUUUGUCACACAGUUUGCGUGAAACGCAUGACACCACACUUUCGAACCUCGCUGGUACAUUGUCGACACGUCAACUUUUGAAAAUCGCGCGACGCAUGUCAGCCUGCCCCGGCAGCAGCCAACAAGCGAGCACUUUAACCUCCGCCUAUGAUAUACUGCAGAAUACUUUUCUCGCCAAAUUCAUGCCCGCGCUGCCGCGCGCCGCACUUGAGGAUGCCAUAGCCCGUGCAGGCAUCGAGAAGAGCAGCGUACGCGCGGGCGUACGACGCGAAAUCAAUAUUGUGAACAAUGUGUUGACCAUAGGCAACACGACUAUGCCGUUGGUCGCCACAGAUGCCGAGUCGAAGGUGCCAAGCACGCUAUUCUAUGAGAUGCCACAACAUGUGGAGCUCUUGGAGCGCUUAUUACAAGAUUUCCUAAUUGGCGAUCACUUGCUGCUGGUGGGUAAUCAGGGUGUGGGCAAAAACAAGCUCAUCGACAAGCUGCUGCAGUUGAUGAAUAAGCCACGUGAGUACCUGCAAUUGCAUCGUGAUACGACUGUACAUAGCUUGACGGUGCAGUCGACACUACGCGAUGGUCAGGUCAUCUAUGAGGAUAGUCCGCUUGUAAAAGCCGUUAAGAGUGGGCAUAUAUUGGUUAUCGAUGAAGCCGAUAAAGCUCCCGUGAAUGUGACAUGUAUAUUGCGCACGCUCGUCGAGAAUGGCGAAAUGUUUCUCUCGGACGGCCGUAAAAUUGUGCCAGCCGGCGAAGCGGCAGCGGCUAGAGAUGCUGGUCAUACUGGUGAAAUCAUUGAAAUGCAGCCGAAUUUCCGUGUUAUAGUGCUGGCCAACAGACCGGGCUUUCCCUUUCUUGGCAAUGAUUUCUUCGCUUCCUUGGGUGACGUCUUCAGCUGUCACGCCGUUGAUAAUCCCUCACCUGAUUCAGAAAUAUAUCUCCUGCAGAAGUAUGGCCCCUCAGUACCGUUGAAAACGCUCGCUAUGCUGGUGAAUGCCUUCGGCGAACUGCGCACAAUGGCCGAUGAGGGGCUUUUAAACUAUCCAUACUCUACCAGAGAGGUGGUAAAUAUUGUUAAACAUUUGGAGAAAUACCCAAAUGAAUCCAUGUCCGAAUUGGUAGGCAAUGUAUUAGACUUUGACAAAUAUCAACCCGAGGCACUGGAACAGGUGACUACGGUUUUGUCCAAACAUGGUCUACCCAUCGAAGCCUAUGCACGUAACGAGCUGUUUGCAUUGCGUCGCAAGAAGGAAAUUCAACUGACGGUGGAGCGCAAGAGUGGUCUGGGUGUCUCCGAACCCAAAUACGGUAAAGUGGAUCCGAAAAAUGAGCCGCAUGUGGGUGGUAAUACUUGGGCCGGCGGCACCGGUGGUCGCGACACUGCUGGUCUCGGCGGCAAAGGUGGUCCGUUUCGUUUAGAUGCUGGGCACAAAGUUCAUCAACUCUCCGAUGCGGAGAAAGAUGAUAUACCUGAGGAAGUGAAGCGUGCAGCACGCGAAAUGAAUCGCAAGGCGUUCGAAGAUAAGUUGAAGGAGAUACGCAUGUCAGCGCAUGAUCAUCAAUUAUAUGCACAAUUCAGCGAACCCAUACGAAAACAAGUGCAACAGCUGAAAGCCGUUCUGGAGGCCAUGCAGACGCAGAGUAAGGAACGACAAUGGCAGAAAUAUCAAACACACGGCGAACUGGACGACACGCGUUUAAUUGAAGGUAUUACGGGCGAAAAGAACAUCUAUAGACGACGCGCUGAGGCCAAUCCAUGGGCCGAUCACGUGCAGGAAAAACCAAAUCGUUUGAAGUUAGUGGUCGAUGUUUCCGGUUCCAUGUACAGAUUCAAUGGUUACGACGGUCGUUUGGAUCGUGAACUCGAAGCCGUUGUCAUGGUUAUGGAAGCAUUCGAGGGAUUUGAGAAGAAAAUCGUUUACGACAUCGUUGGUCACAGCGGCGAAGGUUGGGAAAUACCUUUCGUUUGUGCUGGCAGUCCGCCGAAAACGGAUAAGGAACGUUUCGAGACCAUACGCAUGAUGCAUGCACAUUCGCAGUUCUGUUGGUCCGGUGAUAGCACGGUCAAGGCUAUUAAAGAAGCCGUGAACACAUUGUCGAACGAGGAGUACGACAACUCAAUCGUGGUCGUGCUUAGCGAUGCGAAUUUGUCACGUUACGGCAUACAACCGCGAGAAAUGGCGAAGGCGCUGAUGAAUGGUGAGCCCAAGGUUAAAGGUCACGUGCUAUUCAUUGGCAGUUUGGCAGAGGAGGCGGUUGAAAUAAAUGCACAAAUGCCAGCAGGUCACAGUUACGUCUGCAUGGACUUGACGAAGUUGCCACAAAUUCUCAAGCAAAUCUUCACAUCCUCAUUGUUGUGAUAACUUUUUACCGUUAAUUUGUAUAAAUAUGUUUCUUUAGCAAAUAUUAGUGUAAGUCGAAAGUAGUUGAAAUUUUAUAAAAUGUAAAUUUACUUUGCAUUGUGUGUAUAUAUGAUUGUGUAUACUUGUACAAGUAAAGUGUUGAUAGUUAUAUAUGUACAUACAUAUAUUUAAUACGACUAUAAUAUUUGUUGAAAAUCUUGUUUAUUUUUAUAACCAGUGAGUGCAUUUAAAAUUCUUUGUUAGUAUAUUUGUAAGUAAGAAGAAAAAAAAUUGAUAUAUUGAAAAAAAAAAUUUUAAGCAAGCUUUGAAAACUGACAUUUAUGUAAAUCGUUGUUAUUAUAAUUAUUUUCAGGUUUACCGAGGUUAACCGGUCUGCGUUAACCGAAAGCACACAGGUUUAUGUCCUACCAAUGAUUGUUCACAUAAAAUAAUUUACUAAUACUUUUUGGAAAGUAUUUUAUGCUGCAACAACAAUAACAAAAACAUCAUAUUUUCGCAGAGGCCGGAUUAAUUUCAAACAAUAAUUAAAUACCCUAUAUGUGGUUGGUUCUAUCUAAAUCCUUAUGGUUUGAACCAGAACUCUAAUUUUAAUCCAUUAAGGCCAUUAAAAAAUCUCAGAGUUGAAAAUUAUUUUCAUUAACAUAACUCCUUCUAGGUCAAAUAAAAGAGAGAGAAAGCGAAACCUUUUGGCGAUUUAUUUCUCAACAUAAUUUCUAAUUAGCUCAAUAAACUUGAUACAGUGAUGUUCCAACCUCUUUAGCUCAUCUGAAAAACUCGUUUUCUGGAGGUUUGUUAAGUAGGUAUUCUUGGCAGUGAUAACCUUCUCAUACGACAUAAAUGUUUCUUCGGCGAUUGACUUUUUUAAGCCUCGAAAUAUAAAGAAGGCGCACAGUGCCAAGCCUGAAGAAAUCCGUUAAUAAGGUACUAAUUUGACUGUGGCGACCACGGAGAUGUGAAAUGGUGCUUUGUCAUGAUUGUGUCAAAUCAAACCAAUAAUUGGCAUAUUAAGGCCCCAUGACCGUUUUGCUCUUGUCCAAAAAGACGAUGUAGAUCACGCCUUGUGAAUUCCAAAAUGCAUUCGCUUAAACGUCUAAAAGGACUUCGCCUUCUUCAGUGAAGGUCCGUCCUCUUUCGACUACUCCUUGAUCUCUCGUGUAUCGACGAACAUAAUAUGACACAGUAACUUAUUCGGAUUGUUCUUUCACAGCAUUACACAGUGCUGUGAAGUGGUCUUGCAGUAGAGCUUGUUAUCUGAAGAGAGAAGACGAGGCACCCAUCGCCCCGACAGCUUUCUCAUGUCCAAUAUUUUAUUAAACCAAUUUAUGACGGUCGUCGUCGAAGAAGAGUGGUCGCCGUAUACAGCGUUCAAGCGCUUUUUGAUU